AACAUGAUAUCGGACUCGCUCUAGCGGACCUGUUUUAUGUCAGUUCACAUUGAGAAUUCAAGUGCGAUGGACUUCAAUAACAAAGUAGUUAUUAUAACCGGUGCUAGUUCCGGCAUCGGAGCAGCCACCGCUAUCGAGUUUGCGAAACAAUCAGCAAAAGUUGUACUCGUGGGAAGAAACGAAGAAGCCUUGAAUUAUAAUGCAAGCAAAUGUGAAGACGCCAAAGGAAUAAAACCAUUAAUAAUCAAAGCUGAACUAACUAACGAUGAAGAUGUAAAGAGAGUAAUAUCAACGACUAUAGAACAAUUUGGAAGGAUAGAUGUUUUAAUUAACAACGCAGGUGUUGGAAUAAGUGGCAGUAUAAGAGAUGGAAUAGAGCUAUUAGACCGUGCUAUUUCAACAAAUGUACGUCCUGCAUAUUUAUUGACUAGCCUUGCAACACCAUAUCUUGUACAAUCUAAAGGAAAUAUUAUCAAUGUUUCCAGUAUAGCGGCAUUGAAACCAAUUAAGAAUGUAGAAUUCUUACCGUAUUGCAUGUCCAAGGCAGCAUUAGAUCAGUUCACGAGAUGUCUUGCUUUGGAACUUGGAAAAGAUGGUGUUCGUGUGAAUUCGGUCAAUCCUGGCGCUACAAAGACUAAUUUCAUGGCCGCUUGUGGUUAUAGUAAAGACCAAAUUGAUGAAAUAUUUAAAGUUCGCGAACAGAGUGUUCCACUUCUUAAAAUGGUUAAAAGUGAAGAUGUCGCUGAUCUUAUAAUAUUUUUAGCUAGUGAUCGCGCGUCAUGCAUAACGGGUUCAACAUAUGUUAUUGACAGUGGUGAAACGUUAAUGUAAUUACAUAAUAUUUGAUAACCUCUUGCUAUCGAAUAUUUUGGUUAAUAAAGGUGACAAUGUAUACACGAAUCAUAUAACUUACGAAAAUAUAAAAGAAAUGAAUUGAUUAUACCAUUAUUUCUAAAACG